AUGCCACCGAAACGUGGUAAGGCUAAUGGGUCACCUGAAAAGGUGCCCAUGCAGUCUAGUACUAAGCGCACGCGCCGCGAUGAUUCGCAGCCGUCGCAAAGUACCCCAGGUGCUAGGAGCAAAUUUCCAUCUCACUAUAAUGUGGAUAAUAUACUGUCUGUCAUUGUGGACUGCAAUGAGACCACGCCACUGCCAUCACCGCAAAGUGGUGAUGAGCAAAGUGCGUUGAUGGGACAUAUGUCGCCACCAUUUGAGGCACCUAACCUUGAGGGAGCUUCCAUGCUUCCUGCAAGUGAAGGUCAUGCCUCAUCGCCUGCGUCUACGAGCGCAGCGACUAAUUCUGAGCGCGCUACCUCUAAAGAAGUAGGCGCGUCUCAACAACAGGUCGGCGAUUCAAAAUCUUCCGCCUCUGCGGGUGUGAAUCCUCAUUCUGACGUCUUGACCAUCCAUAAUGGAGAGUCAGACUCAAAGAAAUGA